AUGCAAACGGAAGUUAUAAUCAGGAAUAAAGUAGCAGUGUAUAAGCUCAUAGGUCUGUGCCAGAAAUAUAGAGAUGAUGUGCAAAACUUGCACAAAUGCAUGCUAAGGUUGAACUCUUUGUUUUACAAAAUGACUACCGAAGAAAUUGAGAGCCAAUCGAAAAAGAAUAAUGACAGCUCAACCACUCUUAUUGCCAGUGCCACUAGCGAUAAGUGUAGCAACUUAAAUUACAACCGCUGUGAUGAAGGCUUGAGUGCAUGCCAGGUAAGCCCUGUAGAAAACAAUUUGGAUGAGGCUAGUCCACAGGAUAAUGAUCUCCUGCUUAGGCCCAAGACAUACUCUGCUGUUAUGCUUGAUACGGCGGCUAUAUCAGACGAUGUGAGACCUCUUAUGGAAUCAAUUCGCAAAGACACACCAAAGAAGUUCCAUUUCUAUAAGAACUAUGGAUUUCACCUAGGCACCCUGCAGGAUGAAUCAAGAAUAAUUGCACAGAAAUUACAUUACGAGCUCAAGCACAUCUCAUUGAAGAUCAUUAUCCCCAUGAAACUCUUUGACAAACAGUGUACACAUUACCUGAAGCAUUGUCCUUGUGGAAACAAGAUAGUAACACCUUAUGAAGUAAAGCAGGUUGACAAAUUUAUAGAGUACAUACCUAAGUUCUGGCACUACUGGUUCUUAUCUUAUUACUCGAUCUUCUACAGAAUCCAUUUCUUGCUCUACUUGCAAAGUUGCCAAUUACUCUUACAGAAAUCAAGGAAUACAGUUAUCAAUAAAAGUGAGUUGAGUUCUAUUAGUCUAUUGAAUGAUUACAGAGAGAAAGCAGAGUCUAUAGUCAGGCAAAUGGAAAGCUUUAACUUUACGAGCUAA